GAAGCAGCAGGCGGGGCUGCUGCGAGCGGAGGAGGCAGGAUGGCGGUGUCCUGGACCAAGUACCAGCUCUUCCUGGCCGCCCUGAUGCUGGUCACCGGCUCCAUCAACACUCUCUCCGCCAAGUGGGCUGACACGCUGACCGCCGUGGGGUGCAAUGGGACCAGCGAACACAAGUUCGAACACCCAUUCCUCCAGGCAGUGGGCAUGUUCCUGGGGGAGUUCUCCUGCCUGGCCGUCUUCUACCUCCUUCUCUGCAGCGACCGGCGGAGGCCAGAGCCCACCAUGGCUGCCCCCCAGUCCUUCAACCCCUUCCUCUUCCUGCCUCCAGCACUGUGCGACAUGACAGGGACCAGCCUCAUGUAUGUGGCUCUGAACAUGACCAGUGCCUCCAGCUUCCAGAUGCUGCGAGGAGCCGUGAUCAUCUUCACGGGGCUCCUCUCGGUGGCCUUCCUCGGGCGGAAACUGGCCCUCAGCCAGUGGCUGGGCAUUCUGGUCACCAUCCUGGGCCUGGUGGUGGUGGGUCUGGCCGAUCUCCUGAACAGCAACGAUGAGAAGCACCAGCUCAGUGACGUUAUCACAGGUGACCUUCUCAUCAUCAUGGCCCAGGUGAUUGUCGCCAUCCAGAUGGUGCUGGAGGAAAAGUUUGUCUACAAGCAUGAUGUCCACCCUCUCCGGGCUGUUGGCACUGAAGGUUUCUUUGGCUUUGUCAUUCUCUCCCUCCUCCUAGUGCCCAUGUACUUCAUCCCCGGGGGCAGUUUCAGUGGCAACCCACGCAAGGUGUUGGAAGAUGCCCUGGAUGCCUUCUGCCAGAUUGGCCGCCGCCCGCUCAUCGCCCUGGCCCUGCUGGGCAACAUCAGCAGCAUCGCCUUCUUCAACUUUGCCGGCAUCAGCGUCACCAAGGAGAUCAGUGCCACCACCCGGAUGGUGCUGGACAGCCUCCGGACAGUGGUCAUCUGGGCAGUCAGUUUGGCCGUUGGCUGGGAGGCUUUCCAUGGGCUGCAGAUCCUCGGCUUCCUCAUCCUGCUGGUGGGGGCCGCUCUUUACAAUGGAUUGCACCAGCCACUCCUUGCCCGCCUGCCCUGGAGGAGGCCCGCUGCGGGUGCGGAUCCAGAUAGGGAAGGCCUCUUGGCUGCGGAUGGUGCUUCCAUCAAUGGGGACAGCUGAUGGGAACGAAGCCUUGUUGCACCAGGGACACUUUGUGGUACCUCCUGCAUGCAUCACUGGAAUGCCAGGACCAGAAGUCCCCAGACUUUUUUUGACUCAGAGGGGCUCUGCUUCACCUUGGAAGCUUUUCCACCAUUCAGCAGUCUUGUUCACAUCGCAGAAGGAAGCAAGCAAUGGGGUUUGCAACCGCAAAGGAACCAGUCCCCAAAUGGUUGAGGACUUGUUUUCCCCUGGUGUUGGUAGAAAAGCACCUCCACCCUCCAAAAUUGGUAUCAGGGAGCACAUACCUGGCAUUUAGCUAUCUGCAGCAUCUUAGAAAUCUCAAGACUGGUCAUGUGCUCCCCUCCAGAUGUUGUUGAUCUACCUUUCCUAGCAUUCCUGAGCAUUGGCUAUGCUGGCUAACAGGGAUGGGAGCUGCAGUCUACAACAACAUCUGGAGGGCCACUUGAAUCCCACCAUUGUCAGGGAGGCAUUGUGGCUCAGGUUGCAUCCAUCUGCUUUGUGGGGAUCAGUUGCACUAUUCAGCAAUUAUUUUUCUCUCUGCUAAUACAACACCUCAUGGCUUUCAUCCUGUCGCAUAGUCCCAAGUAGAAUAGGCCCAUUGAAUCAAGGGUUGAAGGGUGAGUCGAGAGGUAGGGCAAUCCAGUUGAUUCAGUGGGUCUAUUCUGGUUGGAACUGGCAAUAUCAUUUAAGCUGAUGUACAAAGAGGGAAGCAUUUCUAGGUCUCUGAUACCCUUGCUAUCCAUAAACUCCAGCAUAGCUUGAUGGCUCCCAUCUGUGGUUGGACUGCAGGUCCCAUCAGCCCUGUCUAACAUUGCCAGUGGUGAGGAAUGCUGGGGGUUGCAAUCCAAGAACAUCUGGGGGGAGACAAGUCAUGCCUUCUUCAUGUCAAGUACCUCACUUUUCUUCUAUUGCCAUCUUCCCAAAAUAAGGGAUAGUGGACGGUGAGGCACUGAGAGUCCAGAAUCACUACCUCUCUGUCAGAUGCAGCUGCUUUCAUUGCCAGCUGUGCAUGAUGGGGGUUGUAGUCCAGCACGGCAGGAGGGAAUUUGGUUCAGGGAGGCUGCUCUAACCCUUGCAGUGCUCCAAAUGUUUUUCCUGUGUAUCUUUCCUUCCUGGUGAAAACUCUCCCAGAGCCUCAAAGCAAUUGAGCUUCAGCCAGUCAGGGAUGAUGCACUUCUUACCAACUUACUUUUGGACAUAGUGGGUUCUUCACACCUGUCUAAGCAGCGUUGGGGGGAUGAUGGGUGGAGAGUUGGCUACCAAGAGGCUGGCUGAUUGGACCCACUUCCAAAUUCACCCCUUCGUGUCCCGUCUGUAAAAGAGGCCACUACCCUCUAGAUGAGUCCUGAACAACCUCCUAGCAAGCACUUGUGGUGGUGAGGAGGGUAGCAGUCCAGCCAGGUUGUGGUUGGUGGUGGGCUUGAGAUGCCCCUCUGGGGUCAGUUUGGAUCCCCACUUGUGUGCGGGGGGGGGGGGAACAUCUUUGUCCCAAGUCGUGCAGACUACACCUGAGAAGUAGGCAUUGAGAUCCACUCCACAGUCAGGGCCAGCUUCAUCUCAUUCUCUCUAAGACAGACCUCUUAAAUGCUGAGCAGACUUUGCCUGGGCUCCCUCUGUGGAUGGUGGUGGUGGUGGUAGUAGUAGUAGUAGUGAGGGGCAUGUGAGGGAGGGCUGGAUUCUCCAUUUUGGGAAUAUUUUUAAAAUGCAUUAACUAACUAAUAAAAACAGCUUGGUUUUGA